AAGAAAUUCCUUGGCCAGCUCCACACAGACAGUUUGGUUUAUUUGUUGCUUACACAGCUCUGAUUUCCCCCAUUAACCCAGGUUCAAAGCCAAACACACAAAAAUGACACAAUAUCCGUGAGGAUCCCACAGCACGAGGCCCUCCCUCUGAACUCUUCAACAUUUACACCAAAUCCUUAUUUCUGUACAAAAAUUUAGACCAUUUUCAUUGUUCCCAAGGAAAUUUGCAUGACCUUUUUACAUGACCCCACAAGCUGCCUACAUAUAUACACACACAUAUUUUUGAAACAGAAAAAAUCCCUUCCAGUUCUGAAGAAUGAAGGUAAAAACCAUCAGAACUGAAAAAUUAACGACAAGAAUUAACUGUAUUUAUUGUCAAUAUUGUUGACUAUUCUGUACCUUUACAUGUAUUUCAUCCCCAUAUUAUAAUAAAAACAUUCAGAAUAACUCAGUACAGACUGUGCAACAAGAGAGGAACAACACAACCUGUAAUUUAAAAAGUGGUAAUAGCAUCAAGAAAGUAUUAAUUAUUAAAUUAAUUAAAAAUGUAUUAUUAAAAAAAUAACAAUGAAGGAGAACUCAGCAGUCUUAGCUUUUAUACACUCAAAAAAAAAAAGAGCCAAAAAAGUAACAGUUUGUGUUUAAAAGCCUAUUCACAGUUCCACACACCAGGCACAGAGGCCUAAGGAAUGCACAGUUGGACUAAACCAGACAAAAAUAAAGUGUGAGAACGGUGGCUUCUCUUUUAAUCACCUAAUAUUAACUGGAUUCCAAGGAAAACUAAAAGCAGUUUUCAGAAGUUAUAUCAAAGUCAAGGAAUGAUGGAGUUAAGAGGGACAGGCAGGAAUAGACCUGGCUUUAAGGCAGCUCAGCAUUCCUUAACCCGCCACAAAAAUGUCCCGGGAGAACCACGGAAUCCCAGACUGGUUUGGGUUGGAAGGGACCUUAAAGAGCAUUUCAUUCCAACUCCCUGCCACGGCAGGGACACCUCCCACUGUCCCAGGCUGCUCCCACUGCCAGGGAUCCAGGGCAGCCCCAGCUGCUCUGGGAAGGCAGAGCAGCAGCACCAGGGAGGAAGUGCAGAGCCCACCCUGCUGGGAAAGCGUGUCCCAAAGGAAACAGCUCCAGCCAGCACAGCUAAAAGUGGAGGUGGGAGGAUAAGGAAUGUGCAAAGGCAUUUUGGCAUCUCCUACACCAUCCCAACAGGGGGGUUUGCUGCAAUUCCUUAUUCCCCAGAACUCCAUCUCUGGGCGUUAUUGACAGGGAGGUCAUCCCAUGGGAUCACCCCAUGGAUGCAGCUGGAAGGGGCACAAGGAGGUCAUCCCAUGGGAUCACCCCAUGGAUGCAGCUGGAAGGGACCCAAGGAGGUCAUCCCAUGGGAUCACCCCAUGGAUGCAGCUGGAAGGGACCCAAGGAGGUCAUCCCAUGGGAUCACCCCAUGCAUGCAGCUGGAAGGGACCCAAGGAGGUCAUCCCAUGGGAUCACCCCAUGGAUGCAGCUGGAAGGGACCCAAGGAGGUCAUCCCAUGGGAUCACCCCAUGGAUGCAGCUGGAAGGGACCCAAGGAGGUCAUCCCAUGGGAUCACCCCAUGCAUGCAGCUGGAAGGGACCCAAGGAGGUCAUUCCAUGGGAUCACCCCAUGGAUGCAGCUGGAAGGGGCACAAGGAGGUCAUCCCAUGGGAUCACCCCAUGGAUGCAGCUGGAAGGGACCCAAGGAGCCCCAGAUGCCCACCCAGGGCUGCAGAGCUGGGCAGGAACUCCCUUUACACAACCCUGGGAUCACCAAGGCUGGAAAAGCCCUCCAAGGUCACCAAGUCCAAGCUGGGCCCGACCCCCCCUUGGCACCCAGCCCCGAGCACUGAGUGCCACAUCCAGCCCACAAACACAAACCUGGGAAAUUGAUCUCCUAACUCAGCUUUGGCUCCAUCUCUUUUGCUUUUCAAGAAGUUUCCUGCAGCCCCCAGCACUCACAGGUACCUGUGUGGGACAUGUGGGUAUGGAAGAGGGGCACAUCCCUGGAAUUCAGCAUUUCUGACAGGAAAACAACAUUUCACACUCACUUUAAUUCCCAUUCUUGACACCAACCAGCACAGACUUAUCACCAAACUUGCCCCAAACAACCCCCCCAUCACAGGCUGGGCAGAACAGCACAUUUCACCCCAAAACCACCUAAACAGCCCCAAAAAGCAAUUCAGCAAUCACAUAUUUGCUUGAAAACUUUCACUGCACUCCCACACACAAAGUUUAAUGCAAACAGGUACAUUUUUACAAGUGUUUUCAACUUAAAAUCAUAAAUACUGGUAGGUUUUAAAGAAUUAGCAAUUAACAUCAUCUAUAAAUGCAUAAAUAUGAUGGUACAGAGCUCCCCAGCCCGAAUUUGUAUUUAGAAUUAAGAGAACGGAAUGAGCCCUUCAGCUGCAUGAAAACCAGAGUCUGAAAGUGGCGAAGGGGAAACAAUUCAAGGAAUGCUCUGAUCAAAUUUCAGGGGAAAAAAAAAUUUGCUUAACAGAAUCCUGGUUUUCCUUUACUAUAAUAAAAAGCUCUAUAAAAUGUUUGGGCUAAAUGACUUUAAUACCCGUGCGUGAGUGCAGACACAGGGGUGCUCCAGCUGGGAGCUGCCAGCCCUCCCGAAGCUUGGGAUCAAUCUGAAGCCAUCAUUUUAAACAUCCUGAUCUGAAAUUUCCCUGCAGUCUCAGCAUAGCCACGUCCUGGCUGGGGUUCUUUGGGGAAGAUGACAAAGUCUGGAGGGAGAGAAGUGCAGAGUACAAAGGAGAUCAAAGGAAAGGCGACCCCGGCUGUUCCUCCCCUCUGUAAGGAGCAGCCAGGACACAGCACCACCGGCCUGCAGCCACCUUUACCCGAGCACCGCCGGGAUAAACCUGCUCCAAGGCCAGCCUUG